GAUUUCAUGGUGAAGGGCUACCCGCCCAAGUCCCUACUAGAGGCUGUCUCAUGGUCGCAGACAAAGGAGGUCCUUGACCUCUAUCGCGAGGGGGAGCUAGCAGCAGAUGAGGUCCUGGGAUCAAAACAAGGCCGUGGAGGCUUGCUCUCGGCACUUGUGGCGCCCAGGAUUCCAGAGAGGCUGCUGCCCUUUCCAGGAGGACAGUUGUUGGCGUUCUGCCGGAUGGGCAACUAUGCGCAGAACAUCCGAAGGUAUCUGAAAUUCUUUAACCCGGAGCAGAUGGUAUUUGCUGAGACUAGCAAGCUG